AUGGAUCAAGGGUGCUCCGCCAGAGCGAAUGGCGAGCCAGACCCACCACCACCACUCUCACCGACACUGGCCAUUCAAGAGCAUGCACCGCCUCCGCCUUCAUCCCUAGGACCUCCACCGCCGACCUAUGUGCCAACUCAGCCCCAGAUCCUCGUCAUGCCUCUCCCAGAGGCCCCGAGUUUCUUCUGGGGUCGUACCAUCCAAGGCGAGAUCUACGUCAAGGGCCUCGGCGAGGACAGGUCUCGGGCGGUCAAGAGCCUAACAGUGAACGCGCAGCUGCUGGAUCGCGCAGCAGGCAUGCCGGACAUGGACCUUGCUGCGUUUCCCACCCACAUACUCUAUCCCCCUUCUGGCGCAAACACGUCCUCCUCGGCGACAGCGUCAUUCCCUCUCUCGCACCGCUUCGCCAUCGACCUCCCCUCUUGUUUGCGGAACGGCUCGCCGCUCCCCGGGAGCCUGGACCUGGGGCACGACAAUGCGAUUCGCUGGCUCGUCCAUGUUAACUUGACUCUCGCGACGGGCGAGGUCGUAACCGAACAGUUGCGCAUCGACGGCGUCCCACCUGAACUGGACGUGGGUGAAGACGAGGACGAUGAGCCCGAGGACGCUGUGGCGCGCGUUGACCGCGCUGGUGUCAGCCUCCGCCUUGUGCUCAGCUGCACGACACCGCGCCUCGGAGAUUCCCUCCACAUUGGCGUCGAGGUUUGUCCGCAGCGGCGAGAGCGCACGGGCCUCGCGGGGCUUGUGGCACAGCCUGACCCGAACGACAUCCUGCGUCCGCUAAGGCGCGUGCGCGUCGAACUUGUGCGCGUUGUGGACAUUGCGUCCCCGCCGCAGAGUAGUGCUGCGGCUGCUAUCGGCGGUAUCAACACUGUGUCAACUACAGUCCAUGCCAGUGGAAAGAGCCUUCGCUAUCCCGGCGCGGCCGGCAAGCAUCCCCCGCUGCGUCUGCUUUUUGCGCUCCCGACUGCCCAGGUCCACCAGGGUUUGCUGACGACAGGUGGUGAGAUCUCUGCCAGCACGACCUACCACGACAUCCGGUUUGUCGUACGCGCCACCCUCGGCUUUAGCGAACGGCACGAACCGAGCGCGAGUACGAGCAGAGGCGAGGCCUGGGUUGUGGAGCAGGAGAUCACCAUGCGCCCGCCUGUGUGGCGCGAGCCUGCCACUGUGGUGAUAGAGGGUGGCAUGGCACCGGCGUCGGGCAUCGGCGGCGAAGGGACCGGUGUCGUGAGCGCGGACGAUGUCCUCAUCCCGCCGCCCGACGACGACAUCUCCGAAGCGCGCGAGGCGUACCGCCGCAAAGGCCGGGACGUAGUUGGCGAAGGGGGAACGACCCGUGCAGAGCACUCGCGUCACCACGAUGCGCCGCCGCCGUUUGACGAUUCCGACGCUGGGCCGAGCGGGACUCACAGUGUCGACAUGGGCUCGGACACGGACAGCGAGAUAAUCGAGGACGGGCCAGCCGUCCUGCCAAGUUUCCAUGAGAGCGAGGCGCAGAUGCGGUCGGGUGCGGCACCGCGCCUCCACGACGCUCCCGAGAGCGAGCGCCUGCAGCCGGUCGCGUUCGACGACUUUACCCCUUCGCGCACACCGCGCCGGCCAAGCCUGCGCGGCGAAUUAGCAAGCUGGACCGAGUACGACGGGUACGAGACGUUCAGCAUGGCGCCUCCGCCGGCGGCGGCGUCCUUCGGCGUGCCCAGCAUCAUGGAUCCUCCAGGGGACGACGCGCCAAGCGCUAUCGUCGCAGGGGACAUCGCGGCGCGCCUCGGCCUAGGCGAGGCGCCCUCCGAUCCAGCCCGGCUUAUGGAACAGCUUGGCCUGGCUCACGGCCGCGUCGUCGACCUGCACGAUGACCUCCCACCAGGUAUUGACGAGCCCUCCCUCCCCGCCCUGCCUGGCUUUGGCGGCGCCUCGCGUGGCUUCACACAGGAGGAGUACCCGCGUUUCAUGGACCCGUUUGCGGAGCGCACCGCCCAUGACCACCCACCCAGCUUCGACGCCAGUGAGGCGGCCGAGGCGAUCGGCGGCGUCGCUCGCUCCCGUGUCGGCAGUGUGCGUAUGGGCUUGGAGGGGCGCGCAGAUGCUCCGCCAGGGUACUUUGGGGCUGCGCAUGGCGCGCCGCCGGCGUUUGGGGGCCAUGGAGGACCACCAGCGUACGGAUCGUAG